CAUUCCUAUUUGUAUUUUGUAGGCAUUGUUGUUUCUGUUGGGUAUUAGAGUUAGUUGUUUGCUUCUUGUGGUUUAUAUUAUAUUUAAUUGUUAAAGUGGAAGUGAAUGCAACGAUGUCGACGUGUGAUAGUCAAAGGGCUGAAGCCUCCAGGGAUAACGUUUCUCAAAAUUCUGUUGACGAGGGUUUACCGCGAGAGCUUAGCCAACUUAGCCUUUCAAGUGGCUCCAGUCCGGAUGAAUUUCACUGCAACAAAGGGCAUUCCGAAGCAACAUUAAAGAACAUUUUUGGAUAUUACCAAUCACAAAAACUCUGCGAUGUAGUCCUUAUUGCGGGUACUUGCAGAAUUCCCGUCCAUAAGUUAGUGUUAGUAUCCUGUAGUGAAUAUUUUGCUGCAAUGUUCAUGGGUUCACUACAAGAAUCAAAAUCAUCAGAAAUAACAUUAGAGAGAGUAGACCCUCAGGCUUUAAAAACUUUAGUGAAUUACUGUUAUACAGGUAUAAUAGAAUUAAGUGAAGAUACUGUAGAAGUUAUAUUAUCAACAGCCACUCUUUUACAAUUGAAUGUAGCAGCAAAAGCUUGUUGUGAUUUCUUAGAGAAACAACUUGACCCCUGUAAUAGUCUGGGUAUUGCAUUAUUUGCAGAGCAACAGUCCUGUCUUAGUUUACACAAAAGUGCUAUGCAGUAUACAUAUCAACAUAUUAUGCAGGUAGUUAAAAAUGAUGAGUUCCUACGCCUGAGUGAAGAGCAGCUGUCAAAUCUAUUGAAUUCAGAUGAUCUCAACGUAGUAACUGAAGAGAAUGUCUUUGAGAGCUUGAUGUUGUGGGUACAACAUGAUGUUGCAGAUAGACAGAAAUAUCUCCCCAAUUUACUCAAAUAUGUAAAAUUGCCGCUAUUAUCAUCCGAGUAUUUGAUAGACAAAGUAGAGUUUACUUGUGGUAAUGUGGUGGGAUGUCAGCCAUUGAUAAUGGAGGCUGUCAAAUGGCACUUAUUGCCUGAGAGGAGAUCGCUGCUCUUCUCUCACAGGACUCGGCCACGAACAUCUACUAUUGGAAGGUUGUUGGCUAUUGGCGGAAUGGAUGGCUACAAGGGUGCAAGUAACAUGGAGAUGUAUGACCCGCGCACAAACACAUGGAGCCCCUAUAUGCGAAUGGGCGCGAGACGACUUCAGUUCGGUGUUGCCGUGCUUCAGAAUAAAUUGGUUGUGGUUGGCGGACGGGAUGGACUUAAAACGCUCAACACGGUGGAAUGCUUUGACCUGACUUCUUUGAGUUGGAGUACUCUGGCUCCAAUGAACACGCACAGACAUGGGUUAGGCGUGACAGUAUUAGGUGAAGGGCCAAAUUCGCCUAUUUACGCUGUUGGAGGACACGACGGCUGGAUAUACCUGAAUUCUGUUGAGAGAUGGGACGCGUGCUCUCGCUCAUGGACGAUGGUAGCGAACAUGUCCGGCGCUCGCAGUACGUGCGGUGUUGCCGCACUACGCGGACGUCUUUACGCGGUGGGAGGACGCGACAGCGGGGCGUGUCUCCGCUCAGUCGAGUGUUACCAUCCCGCUACCAACCAUUGGACGGCCUGCGCUCCCAUGAACCGCCGCAGGGGAGGUGUCAGUGUAUGUGCCGCCGAUGGUUACCUGUACGCUUUAGGGGGCCACGAAGCCCCCGCAAACGCCACUGGGGGCCGUCUCGCGUGUGUCGAGAGGUAUGACCCCAUUGCCGACAAUUGGGUGCUGCUCGCAAGGUUGUCGUACGGUCGGGACGCGAUCGGGUCGUGUCUUUUGGGCGAUCGAAUUAUUGCUGUCGGUGGAUACGACGGCGUGAAAUACCUAUGUGUUGUGGAAGUGUAUGACUCUGAGUCCAACUGUUGGCGCAAGUUAGCUCCACUAACGACAGGCCGCGCAGGCGCAGCUGUCGUCGCGAUACCUCCGCCGAGGUUGUGCUGAUAUUCGUUUGUGUUUCGAAUAACUAUUCGUAAAACGACUUUUAUCAAUUCACUCUAAGUACUUACAAUAGACCUCCUUUUUACCAUAUUAAGCCUAAUUUGUGACCCUAAUGGUAAUGGUUGGUGAAGUCAGUUUCCGGACUUUGACUCCCAUAAGGUCUAGGCUCGUUCCAGAAGCACAGAAGUCUCUAAGGAUUUCUGUUCUGUUCUUUAGCCACACCCACGCAUUCCAGGACUACGUGGGUGACUGAUUCCUCUGCACUAAAACAGCCUCUGGCUUAGGACAUAAAUAUUCCUGUUCUUAUUAUGCUGUGACCAAGGCUACUUCUCUGUAUUAAUUAUUUCUGAUAAAUAUCUACAUUUAUUUUAUCUAACAGAUACUUAACAAAAUGGAGAACGCAGAACAAGAGAGUCACAAGUUUUUGUCUUAAACACAAUUCAGUAUUAAAUUAACUUGAACAAAGAGGCUUUUUGGGUUUGCUAUUGAAAAUAACGGAAACCAUACAAUUCAGAGUUAACUGUGAUAAAAUUCAACUAUUCAUGGAAAUAGCAUUGCAACAUUCCGGUACAAAAAUAAAUUUUUUGGCCAUGGUAACACUGAACAAUUAGAUUUUUCCUAGAUUUAACGUGUCACGUGACAUGACUAUAUAUAAUACUCACUAUUUUUAACCAUUUUAAAGACUUUUGAAAACAUUAUUAAAGGUAUAUAUUUAACGAUGUAAACUCCACGGACGUCUAAUCUGGCAACCCAGUCCCCGUCAAAGCUAGUUUCAAAUAUGUACGGGUUCAGAUGUGUUUGUGGUCUUAUGUUAACAAUUUUGGUGCAUUUAUUUUGACGUGUAAAGAAAAUUAGGCACCUUUGCUCAAAAUAGUUGAUUUCUAUGUAUGAUCUCAGUUAAAUUUAUAGUUUUUUACUGUUCUUUAAAACUUGUAUAUUCAGUUAAUAAGUUUUAAAGAAAGCUAACGUAUUAUGACGCCAUCUAUGGAUAGAAAUAGAAAAAUCCUAAUAAUUGGUUUUAUUCCUUAAAGCACGUCAGUAUUACGACUAUGACCUACAAUGUUUUUCUGUGAUUUUAAGACUAAAGUAUACAUUUAUUUUAUAUCCUUUUUUGGCUUUAAGUAUAUUAUUUUCGAAUAUUAAUUUUAGUUUUGUAUCUCUUAUUUUUAAGUUACCCUCGCUGACUGUUCGAAUAGUGGUGCAAAUUUUCGGAGUAGAAAAUAAAUCGAAUUAAUACUUUUAGCUAAUUUUAGAUAGAUAGUACAUUGUAACGGUUGUUGGGUACAUAGCUAAUAAUAAUUCUUAUAACCGAAUAAUACACAGAGGCUUCCUGAUAUUUCGAAUUUCGAACGCGUUUUUUGUUUUAUUUUAAUAUAAAUAAUAGAAUUAUGAGUGCAACCGCCGUAGGGUUGUAAUUUAAAACCACAGACAAAAGAUGAAAUAAAUACGUUUUACACUAGUGAUGGUGUUGACCAAUCACAAUUAAACGAAAUGCCGCGUUUCGUCUUAUAUUCUCUUAUAUCUAUUUAUGUAUUUCAUAUUCUCACUCCCCCUUUCCAUAAAAAAUGGUACUAUAGACUUUCCAUAAGGCUUGCAGCCCGGCCAGUUAUUUUUUUUUUUCAAAUUUUAAGUCGUGAUUUUCUCAAAAUUAAAAGCAAACAUAAAAACAUUGUUAUAAGGGAUUGAAAUCUUAGCUUCAUGAGUUUUCAAUUUAAAUUUUAGACUGAAAUAUAACUGUGAAUAUAAGUAAAUGUAAUCAUUUGUAUUUUCGUAUAAUAAAAUGUUCUUUAAUAAA